AUGAGUGGCUUUGAGAGCAGAAUGGUCAAAGUUCCAGGUUCAAAGUCAAUAAACUGCCUAAGCCUUAAGAUGAAGGACCCUAUCGGCUCCUGCUCUUAUAACCAACUGUAUCAAGAUCUGAAACAAUAUUCAAAAAAUGGGGAUUACUUCUUCAAAGAACUUCUAACAGUGUUUCAGCAGAGAGCUGAGCUGGAACUUACGUACUCCAAAGGCCUCACAAAGCUGGCAGGAAAGCUGAUCAAAGCAUGCCAAGGAAUGUCAAAAAAUUCCACCUAUACCGCCUGGUGUCAACUGUCAGACGAAAUGUACUCAAGAGCAGACGCCCACAGAACAUUAGGGAAUGCAUUUCACCAAGAGGCCACUGUGGAAAUACGCCAAGUCUUAGAUGAGCACACCAGGAGGAAAAGGCCUCUUGACAAUGCCAUUGAGAGGACUGGAAAACUUUUCACAGCCAACUGGAACGAGCAAAUCAAGCUGAAAAAGAGAUUGCAUGGGCUAACAAGAGAACACGAGGCACUCUUCAACUAUCUAGAAAACAACAAGCACAUCAGCACUGAAAAAGAAAAACAAAAGAUGUUAAACAGGCUCACUAAGUCAGCAGAGCAGCAGUCCCAAGUGGAUGAACAUUACUAUAGUGUCAACAUGGAAGGUCAUCAGAUGAGGCUGAAAUGGCAAAACACACUGAAAAACUGCUACCAGAUCACACAGGAGCUGGAGAAGCAUCGAAUUGAGGUUCUGUGCAAACUUUUGAGCAGAUAUAACCUCCACAUGUCAACUUUCAGUCAAACCCUUAAACAUGGCCAAAAGCUGAUAGAGCAGACCGUCAAAAGGGUGGACAUGGACAAAGACAUGCAAACCCUGAUAGAUGAAAGUUGCAACAUAGAUGAGGACAACAAAAUAGAGUUUUUGAUGGCCGAUUAUUUUGAGGAGGAUACCAAUUCACGAAUGACAAAAGAGAGAAGAGGAGAUGCGAUCAAGCUGAAACUUAAGCGUCUAGAAGAAAGCAUUGCAAAAACAAAAAAAGAUUGUGAAGGAAUAGAAAAACUGAUGAAGACAUAUGGUGAAAAUCCAUCCUUUUCAAACCAGAAGAACCUUGAGGAAACCGAAGAGCAACAUGAUGAGAGUACUCUCAAGCUGGACCUCUUGGAAGCCACUCAUUACAAACUCUCCUUAUCCCUCUCUGAGUCUGAAGAAAAACCAAAGACAUUUUCACGAUUUAGUGGCAGUAUUUUCAAAUGGAAAGAUAAGGAGUGUGAGCAUAGCAUCGUUCAGCUGACUCGUCCAGUGAAACUCCGGAGGACGCCAUUGAGAAACCGGCAAUCACUGAGAGCUUCUGUGAUUUACAAAGGACCGGUUCAGACUCCAACAGAACCAACGGUCGAGCCCACACCAAAUGCUACCGACCCCAUUACUUCCACAACACCAACUCAGGAGACAGUGGAAGCCAGUGACAGCGCUGCUAACGAAGCCCUGCCUACUAGAGAUGAUAAAAAAGAAGAUGAAACAGCAGAGAUGUCAUGCAGUAUUGGGAAAUGCAAAGCUCUCUACAGUUUCACACCUCAACAUGAUGAUGAACUACCUUUUAAAGAAGGUGAUGUUCUGGACAUUUAUAAGAAGGAAGAAAAUGGUUGGUGGGUUGGUGCUCUUAAUGGGAAAAAAGGCCACUUCCCAUCAACCUAUGUUGAGGAGCUACCUACACUGAACACCAUCCAGUCAUCAGACGCCUGAGGAGAUAAAAACACUCAAUAACAUUUUAAGUUUUUAUAUGUAAAGUUGUCUUUUCACAUCCAAGUUGUGUUCUUCUACCAAUAGUCUUGAUUUUUUUUUUUACUGCGUUACAUGCAACAUUUAGGAUUAAGGCUGUUGAGACUUAUUUUCAGUAAAUGUUUUUAUAAUACAUCAUGUACAGAGAAACUCAAAUGGUGAAAAAUCUUAAAGAGCAUAAAGUUUAUUACAUCGAUGUACAAAAAAAUGAAUAUAAAUGGUUGGGGGUGGGGCAAGAAAAACAAUUUUAAAAACUAAUAAAUGAAAAUUGUUUACAGAUAAAAGGUUUGGUUAAUGUGUCAAAUCAUGACAUUUGGCUCAUCAAAUGUCGAGAUUGUGAAAUUCCUACGUGUGUAAAGUUGUGUUAUAGCAUAAAAUCACCAAGUUCUUCUCAGCGAGACACAACUUGUUUUUAAAAAAAGUAAAACAGCACUCUCAGCUGCUAUUUAUCAUUCUUUUCUUCAGUCUGCAUUGCAGUGAAACCUGGUCAGCCUGUUGUAGAGCAACCAUCCGAC